UCCGACAACUCGGUGCUGUGUGAGCUACUACUGUGCAGUGAGCGUGACCGGAACAGGAUGGUGGCGUCCAACGGCAAAGGCGUCCAGUACCGUCGAGUACCUCCCGAGGGAGGCUGGGGCCUACUGGUUGGCACCGGGAUGGCGAUGAUGUUCGUGGUGACACUCGGAUCGCUGCCCUCGUUCGGGCUAAUGUUCGGCGACUUCCUGACCGACCUGGGCGAGGAGACCGGCGCCAUUGCGCUCAUCACGAGCUGCUUCUUCAGUGCGCUCAGUUUUGCCGGACUCUUCACGAACACGCUGAUGAAGAAGACGUCCUGCCGCACGGUCGGCCUGCUGGGGGCCGCCUCCUACAUCGUCGGCAGCCUGCUGACCGUCUUCGUGCGCUCCACCAACGAGCUGCUCGUCUCGUUCGCCAUCUUUCAAGGUGCCGGCUUCGGGUUGAUGAUCCCGGUUUCGUACACGACGUUCAACGCGUAUUUCGUGGAAAAGCGCGUGGUCAUGAUGAGCAUCGCCCAGACGCUGAUCGGGCUCGGGACGAUGUUCUAUCCGAUCUUCAUCCAGCGCACGAUGGCGGCGUACGGGUUCCGGGGCUGCCUGGCGGUGCUGGCGGCCGUCAACAGCCACACCCUGCUGGCGAUGCUCGUGAUGCACCCGGUCGACUGGCAUAUGCGGCGCGUUCCGGUGCCGGUCGCUGCCGAUCAAGAGCUGGCCAUCACGGAGUGUAAGGAGCACCCGGAGGAGCACCGGAUGCGGGGCCAGAAGCUGCGGGGGUCCCGCCGGGCGUCAUCGAUACCGGGGCUCGGCAACUGGUCCGGGCCGGUCGUCGUGAGCGACAGCACCGAGCGGGACAGCCAGCCGGCCACCAAGUGGCAGAUUCUGGUCGACUUCCUUGACCUGACGCUGCUCAAGGAUCCAAUUUACGUCAACAUCGUCCUCGGCAUCUCGUUCGCUCUCUACUCCGACCUCGCGUUCUUCACCCUGCAGCCGAUGUACCUCUUCAUGAUGGCGUUCAGCAAGCCGGACGUUUCGCUAAUCAUCGCCAUCGGGGCCGGAGCGGAUCUAAUAUCGCGCAUCUUCCUGGCCAUUUCGAGCACAUUUCUCAACAUUAAGGCCCGCUACGUCUACUUGGCCGGGGCGCUCUUCACGAUCGUGGCACGUUUCGGGUUCCUGUGUGUGUUCGACUUCUACGGGAUGGCCAUCGUGACGGCCAUAAUGGGCUUCCUGCGCACGUGGAUUCACGUGCCGUUGCCGCUCGUCUUCUCCGAGUAUCUGCCCCAGGAGCGGUUUCCGUCCGGCUACGGGCUGUUUAUGUUCCUGCAGGGCAACAUUACGUUCGCCAUCGGGCCGAUCAUUGGGUACAUCCGUGACGUCACCGGCAGCUACACGAUUUCGUUCCACUGCCUCACGCUCAUGAUGGCGCUCUGCGUCAUCCCGUGGUUCUUGGAAAUAUGCUACUACCGGUUGCAGCGCCAGGCCCGGGCGGGGCGUGCGGUGCGCCCCGACGUGGGACAUCUGCCCGUUCCGGUGAUCCGCGAGACGAAGGAGUAGUCCACGGGGGAAGAUAUAUUGGGAAUAUUGUACUUACUUUAGGUCAUUCAAUAAAUUAUUACGCAGUUUUUUUGUUUA